AUGUAUAAUGGGGCUAGACACACGGAUGUAUCCUAUGGCAACAUAGUAGCACAUGCGCGCAGGGGGAGCCGGCAGCGUGUGCCGGCGCCCAAGGCGGCCAGGGUGCGGUAUUAUGACGAUGUCAUGGGAAGGAGCAUCCGUAGUCAGGCCCUCGCCCGCCCGCUCAGCCUCGCCCGCUGCCUCCCAUGCUCGCCCCCGCCCACCGCCGCCCCUGCUCGCCCCGCCCACCGCCGCCGCUGCAAUAACCUGGACGCCUACGUGGACGACCUGCUCUCCAUCCUCGACGCGCUCCGCAUCCCGCGCUGCGCCUUCUUCGGCCACUCUGUCUCCGCCAUGAUCAGCAUCCUCGCCUCCAUCCGCCGCCCCGACCUCUUCGCCAAGCUCGUCCUCAUCGGCGCCUCGCCUAGGUUCUUGAACGACAGCGACUACCACGGCGGGUUCGAGCUGGAGCAGAUCCAGCAGGUGUUCGACGCGAUGUCGGCCAACUACGCGGCGUGGGCGACGGGGUACGCGCCGCUGGCCGUGGGCGCGGACGUGCCGGCGGCGGUGCAGGAGUUCAGCCGGACGCUGUUCAACAUGCGGCCGGACAUCUCGCUCCACGUCUGCCAGAGCGUGUUCAAGACCAACCUCCGCGGCGUGCUGGGCAUGGUGCAGGCGCCGUGCGUCGUCGUGCAGACCACCCGCGACGUCUCCGUCCCGGCCUCCGUCGCCGCGUACCUCAAGGCCCACCUCGGCGGCCGCACCACCAUCGAGCCCCUGCCGACGGAGGGCCACCUCCCCCACCUCAGCGCCCCCAGCCUCCUCGCCCAGGUGCUCCGCCGCGCGCUCGCCCGGUUCUAGCAGUAGAAAAUACACUAAAAAGAGAGAAGAAACUACUGCAGCUUGACCUGCACGUACGUUGGUGGUACGCGGGGUAGAGAGGAACACGCAAAGUCUACCCCGUAGUAUUUCUUUUCUGUAUUUUUACCGCAUCGAUUUUAAUUACCGGCCUCAAAAGUCUACCCCGUAGAAAAUGCCAGGAGUCUGUCCUGUAGCACGUAUGAGCACUCGAAAUAUUUCUCGAGGCGUACGAGUACUCAGUUUUCAUCUCCAUCUUUUCUUUUCGUUGAGAA